AUGAAGAAGAAGAGAUCUGUUAUAUCGGCAACUGCGACGCUUCCCGUAUCUCACUUACAUGGCUUGAUCUGCAUCCCGGGCUCUGAUUCCAUUGAAGUUUGUAACCCGGCGACUCGACAAUCCCGGCGAUUCCCUACCGGCGAAUCUUUGUUCUCGGCCUCGACGACGAUCUUACCUCAUGCAGGUAUCCCCGUCAGAUCUCUUUUGUACCAUCGAAAAUAUUUGGAUCAUGAAGUCACGCCUAAGUUCCCCAAGACAAGAAGCACGUUUGGAUUCGGUAAAGAUGAAGUUACGGGGGAGUAUAAAGUGGUAGAGCUACGUGCUCACCCUCGUGCGCCGCUCAUCGUUGGGGAUUGCAAUGUUCUCGACCUCCGAACCGGCCGGUGGAGACACGUCAACCUCGUUCCUUAUCGGGUUUUUGUCACGGAAAGAUCCGUCUAUGUCAAUGGUUCCCUUCACUGGUUCACUGUUGAUUUCUUGGAACCCUACGCUUCAAGAAUUGUUGCCUUUGAUCUUCACCUUGAAGAGUUUAGAGUCGUCUCCCACCCUAACCCAGUCUUCUCUUCAGACGACCACGAUGGCGACGAGGCUCCCUAUUUCUCUGAGCUUCUCGUCCUCCGAGACCGCCUCUCUGUAUCUGAGAUGAGGACCACUAAUGUUCCCCAUCCCCGACUCGAUAUUUGGAGCAUGGUCGAUGCACUAGAAGAAACAUGGGUUAAGAUGCACUCCUUGUGUUUAUGCCAACUCUACCAACCACGACCAGGUCAGAUUCAGCUGUUCACCCCCUUGGUGAUUCCUGACGACCAAGGAGAUGGAGAUGGAGUACUCAUCAUUUGGGACUAUCAAGAGUCUUUGUUCAUGUCUUACCCUAAAAAUUUCCUCCUUAACAAGCUUUCUGCGUACGCUCGUGUUGUUGCUUCUUCGUACUUUCAAACUCUCGUUCCGGUUCCCUAA